UGUAAUUUGUAUGGCAGAACUCACUUCUAAUCCCUUGUAAAUAAUUUAGCUUGGGAGUUGGGAAGCAUCCCAGCUGCUGCUCUUCCACCUACACCCCUGGGGGCUGCUGGAGGGGGGUGCGGUAGGUAGAGACAGGCUGUCAUUGACGUCACUUCCUCCGCCCACCCCAUCUGUCCAGGAGAAAUAUAAGGCGGCAGUUGAGGCUCUGCCUCCUUUGCCCAGCUCCCCAAGCCUGAGCCCACCCUAUGGAGUGCUGAGGAACAGCGGACCCAGGAGUCCCUGACUACUCGGCCCCACCAUGCCUCAGCCUGGCUUUGCGUCCCUGCUGCUGCUGCUGCUGCUGCUGCUGCUGGGACUGGCUGGUGCUUCACCUCUCUUGAAACAGGAGGUCACUCAAUGCCUUGAAGAGGCCCUCAAAGACAAGCUAACCCAGGGGGGCCCUCGGCAGGGUCCAUGCACACAGCUCUUCCGGGAAGAUGAACAGCUCACAACCCUGCUCCAGACCCUAGAGGAGCUUAGGCACCAAGAGAUCUCCAAGCACCAUCUGGAUCCUGAGAGCGAGGCAGAGAGAGAGGAGCAGGAGGAGGUGGAGGAAGAGGAUUUCAGGAAGAAAAAGUGGGGCCCAGGGGAGGUUGAGGGGGAGAAGAGGUUGGGCCAGGAGGUGAGGGAGGAGGAGAAGGAGGAAGAGGAGGAGGUUAAGGCCAAGGAAAAGUCAGAAAUCAAGGAACAGGAGGUGAGGGGUCAGGCCAGGGUUCAAGAGGAGGAAGAAGAGGAGGACAAGAAGAAGAGGAGGGGAGCAGCUGAAGCCUGGGUCUCUGAGGAUUCCCUGGAUGACCUCAGAAAGCAAAGACAAGAGGGGACCCGGGGCUCUGAGGAGGAGGAGGAGGAGGAGGAGAAGGAGAAGAAGGAGGCAGGGGCCUGGGGCCGGGGCAGGAGCUGGGGCCAGGGUGUGGAGAAACGAAUGGCAGAGAAGGCCAGUGACGAGGAGACAGCCCAGUUUGAAGAGGAGGAGAAGGGGGUGAGGGUGUCAGGUGGGGGCCACAGCUUGUGGCAGGGGGCUGGCCCUGCCCACAGACGCCACCACCACCAGUCCCAUCCUGAGCAGGAGUCGGAGGAGGAGGAGGCAGAGAAGAAGGAACGUGAACUGGAGCGCCUGGAGCAGAUGGGGGAGGAGCUGAAGAGGGUGGCUGAAGUGCUAGGCAGGAGGGGCUGAGGAGCAAACGGACCCUGGCACCUGCCCCAACCACCCUUGAUCCUCUUGGCGCAUCUGGCUAUGGACUGGUUCCUGCCCUUCUUGCUCACACCCAGGAGCCCCUCCCCAGGGGGUAGGGGGAGGGGGACAAGUAAUGCUCACUCGAGGAAGGGAGGUCAGAGACUUCUGCCCCACCCGCUCCCUCCUGCUACCCCUCUCCCCCAACAUGAAUAAAGCACAGGUA